AUGAUGAUAAUCGAUCCUCCUAUCGUCGCGCGCUUCCACCUAGCCGCCACCGCCACUCGCUUUUCCUCCGUCACACUUCAUAAUAACCGUUCAAUGUGGAAUGCGGAGGAUGCCAAUGUCCGAUUAGGUUAUGCAGCGUCGUGUUGCCUUAAUUGCAGCUGUGGUUUCGAGGCUCCUUGGAUACGAAGUAAAAAGUAUUCAGGCACUCCUUUUACAAGAAGAAACAAACUUGUGAAGAAUAGAAUUCGAGUGUCAUCAGAACAUCCUGGCUCAGAUCAGGAGCCGGUAAAGCAAAAUGAGAAGUCAUCCUAUCACCCAUUUGAGGAAAUAGCUGCCUCAACAUUGGAGAAUAGUGGAGAUGAUAGACUUACUGCAGCAGAAACAAGUAGAACUGUUAUUGAGGUUAACAGCAAAGCAACAUUGGUGUUCUCAACUUUCGUUAAUGAUGAAUUUCAUGAUGAUAUUGUUUGGCCAGAUUUGCCUUAUUUGGCUGAUGAACAUGGAAAUAUAUAUUUUCAAGCAAAGAAUGGUGAAGAUAUUUUGCAGUCCCUAAGUUCAGAAAAUAAUUUUGUGCAAGUCAUAAUUGGUGUGGAUACCAUGGAAAUGAUCUCUGAGAUGGACUUAUCAGGUCCAUCAGAAAUUGACUUUGGGAUCGAGGAAAUUGAUGAUCAAGAUACUGAUGAUUUAGAUGGCAGCGAUGAAGAAGACGGAGAUGAAAAUGAAGAUGAGAAUGAGGAUUAUGACUCGGAAUGGCUGGAUGUUCUUUCAGACGAGGAUGAGCAAGAAGAUGACGAUGAAACACUUGCAGACUGGGCAAAAUUGGAGACAAUGCGAUUUUCUCAUCCAAUGGAUUUUGCUAAAAAAUUGGCCGAGAUUGCUUCAGAUGAUCCAAUUGAUUGGAUGGAGCAGCCUCCAGCUUGUGUAGUCUUCCAAGGGGUUAUAAGACCUGCAUUUAUUGAAGAAAAUUCUCCAAUUCAGAAGCAUCUAUCUGCUUAUCAGUCCAGUGAUGCUGAAAUUAGUAAAGUCACAGAAAAUAAAGAGGAAAGUAUUGGUGCGAUAAAUGGUCAUGAGCACAAUACAGAGUCAUCUGAAGAUAAUGCAUCACCACAGGUGGAAAAUAAUGGAAAUAGUGAUAUCCCUUCUGAUGAGACUUCCUUUUACAGAUUGGAGAUGGUUAAGAUUCAAGUGUUUUCUGCACAUGGACAUCCUAUUGUCCUUGAAUUAGAAGACUACGCGAAAGCUCAACCCGAUGCUAUUGCAAGGUCAUCUUCCAAAAUUAUAUCUCAUUUGAAAGCUGGUGGAGAAAAGACCUUGCUAGCCCUUAAGUCUCUUUGUUGUAGAAGCAAGGGUAUUAAAGUGGAGGAGGCACAACUUAUCUGCGUGGACUCUCUUGGGUUUGAUAUAAGGGUUUGUUCAGGAACUCAAGUUCAAACACUGAGAUUUGGAUUCAAGAAAAGGGCUUCGUCAGAAUACAGUGCUGAGAGACAACUCAAUGAUUUACUAUUUCCAAGAAAUCACCCAAAGCAACCAAAAACAAAGCAAACACAUCAAAAGGAAUGCUAA